AUGGCGCACCCCCGACCCACAUCGAGCCCCUCCGCCGCGACGUUCGCCAUCCCGUCCGGCUCGCUCGCCAUCUCCUCCAACCUCGACGCGCUGCUCGAGCACGACGCGCGCAUCCGCCGCCAGACCAGCGGCAUCAGCCUCCGCUCCCAGGCCGAGCAGCACACCCGCGCCAAGACCGUCGCCGUCGUCGCCGCCGCCGACUUCCUCCAGGCAGCGUCCCAGCACGCCGCCGCGACCGCUGCUGCUGCUGCUGCCGCCGCCGCCGCGGCGUCCGCCAACGCGGACCCUGUCACGCGCAGCUUGCCGCCGCCCCCGCGCGGUCCUCGAAGAGUUUCGUCGCGGGCGACGAUCUGCCUCGGGGACGCCGAGCGGGGCGACGUGUCGAAUCCGACACCAGAUUCGCCGUUGGAAAAGGAGGACGGCGAAGGCGGCGGCGGCGGCGGCGGCGGCGGCGGCAGUAGCAGCAGCGGGGGGCUCGCAGGGGGCACGGGGAGGGGGGUCGGGGUUGGGCGGCGGAUCUUGGGCGCGAGCAACACGAGCCCGCCGGCGUCGCCGACGCGCGUGAACGUGAACGUGAGCACGCGCUGGAGCGCGACGGCCGCGCAGCUGAACCCGUUCAUCAACCCCGCGCCGCGCAUCGUGCGGCAGCAGCCGUCGUGGCAGUCCUUCGCGACCGCCAGCAGCGUGCACCCGGCCGCGGCCUCGUCCGCGUCCGUGUGCUCUGCGGCUUCGACUUCGACUUCGACGCUCUCCGCGGAGGACCACGCUUUCCACCCGCACGUGCACGCGAUCGGCGCGGGGAUCGGCAACAGCAGCAGCGGGGGUGCUGGCGAUGGGGGCGGCAGCGGGAAGGGCGGGAGCAAGGGCGGGGGGCGCGGGGGCGUGCGCAAGAUCAAGCUGAGCAAGAGCCUAACCGCGAGCCCCGAUCGACGGUUCUUGGAAAGGCCGCACACGGCGCAGUCGGUGAUGCGUGCGGGGACGCCGAUGCCGAUGCCGACGCCGCCGUCGCCGACGCGGAGCCGGAGCCACGGGUCGCUGCAGAAGAUGCUGAGCAAGAUGUGGUCGUUCUCGAACCUGGGCGGGCAGACGGGGACGACGGAGCGGGAAAGGGAGGCGGCGCGGCGGCAGCACCAGCAGCGGCGGGCGGAGGCGGAGUGGGGGCGCAGGAUCGCGGAGGGCAAGGCGCGCGGGGGGCUGUUUGCGUUUGGGACGGGGCGCGGGGCGCCACCGCCGCCGGCGCCGGCAGCAGCGACGGAGCAGGCGCAGGCGCAGGAGCACGGACUCGCACACGGACAUGCUAGACAAUCGGAGGCUGGAGCAGAUACUCGGAGGACGUCGACAAAACCAUUGUUUGUACCAUACGUGCGCACGUAGCGAUCGAUCGAUACUUUACUUUACGGUAAUAUGACCGAGUAGUGUGCGACGGCAGAGGUCGCUUGACUC